AUGGCUGCUCGGCACAAUGUACAAAUAGCAGUGGUGCUGUGUGGCAAGUUAGAAGCACAGUGGAAUAUCAGGAAUUUCUUUGCUGCCUCCAUGCAGGCAUUGUUUGAGUCAAUGCUUGCACCUGAACACAGUACAACAGAGAAGGAGCAGUCCUGGAGAUUCCGAGAGUAUGCAAAGAACUUCCUGACACAGCUGGUGACGGAGACAGCUAGGGAAGGCACCCUGCUGGACCUGCUGUUUGUGAACAGAGAAGGACUUGUGGGUGAUGUCAUGCAGCCCAUUAUAGGGGUCCCAGCACGUGGAAGACUCCUAAAUACGAUCGAGUUCACUGAAGCCAUUACCGUGGCGGGGCCGGAGCACUUACUCUACGGCCACACUCGGAGCAGUGCGAGGGUUUCCAACUCGCUCUGGGCCCGGGACAAGGGCUCGCGGCAGCCCGCCCCCGCCAACUCGCGCCCAACGCCUCCUGCCCAGUCACCUCGCCGCGCGCGCCUUCGGGCGCAGGCCCCGCCCCCGCGGCGGCCGCUCGCCCCCUCACUUCCUGGGGCGGGCGGGUUGAACAUGGCGGCGGGCUGCUGGGGUGGCUGGUGGCUCUUUCUCGGCAGUGCGUCCGCUCUGCUCCUGGUACUGCGUCCUGACGCCGCCUCUUUCUUCUUCUCCCAGGCAUGCAGCCCCGGCGAGUCGCGGAGCCGUGUGCAAGUACUGGGCGGCUCUAACUGGAGCCUGGUGUUGCAGGGCCAGUGGAUGUUGGAGUUCUAUGCUCCUUGGUGUCCAGCUUGUAAACAGAUUGAAUCGACAUGGGAGAGUUUUGCAAAGGAAAGUGAACAUCUAGAUAUCACUGUGGGAAAGGUGGAUGUCACUCAAGAACCAGGUUUGAGUGGUCGUUUCUUUGUCACAAUACUUCCUACAAUUUACCAUGCACAUGAUGGAGUAUUUCGCAGAUACCGAGGCUCCUGGACACUGGAAGAUCUUGAAAGUUAUGUCUUAGAGAGAAAGUGGGAAGCUGUGGAGCCUAUAGCAGGAUGGAAGUCUCCAUCCUCUAUAAUGAUGCAUGGCAUGGCAGGGCUAUUUCACUUCUCUAAAUGGAUCAGGCAAAUUCACAGUUACCUCACUGGCACUCUUGGAAUUCAUGUUUGGAUUUCUUACGCAGUCUUCAUCUUAGCUACCUUAUUGAUUAGCCUGUUCCUGGCUUUGAUACUGGUAUUGAUUUCAGACUGCCUUUGCCCACCCAAGUCAACAUACAAAUGUGAAACAUCUGAAGAAGAAAUUGCAAAGGAUAACAUGGAGAAUGCAGCACUGGAAGAACCGGGGGAGCCUGCAGAGCUUUCCGGAGAUGAUGCAGAAGAGACUGCAGAUGUAAAAGAUCUCUUGGGUGGAGAAGAUGCGGCAAAUUCAAGUGCUGAUGAGUCAGAGGAGGAUUUAGCACUUGGAAAAGAAUCAGGGGAAGAAGAAAUGGAAGGCUUAAGUGAACAACCUUUAGCUGAUUCAGAGACUGAAAGCUCAGUAAGACAGCGUAAAAGUCACGUAGCUGAUAAUGGACUAUAGUUUUUUCGCUGAUGUGUUUUGUACACUUGGACCAAAGAAGUGUCAGACCUGGGUCUGAGGCUGAAGCUUACACUUGAUUUGUCAUUUGUGUUUACAAAAAGCCCUCUGUGCUGUCAGCAGGCAGCUCAUUUUUUAAGCUGAUACUUGCUUACUUUGUUACAUAAGCACAUACGCUGUGUGUUGUAUAGCCUUAGCCAUGACAAUCAAAAUGAGUGUAUCUUACCCGUUUGAAGUCUUCUAAGAGAAGAAGGGUAGUGGUCUCAGUUCACCAGCUGUAAAAUGGUCAUCUCUGCUUGUGUUCCUCUAAGUACUGAUCUAAGCAAGAUCAGGACUUUUCAGUCUUUUGAGUAGCUUGGCAGGGCUGUGACUUUUCUGUCUGAAUAUUUAUUGUUUCCAAACGCCACAGAAGCACUAGGUAAGUGAUACAGUAGUGAAAGAAGGCACCUUACUAGUCUGCUGUGAAAGAUGUAGUGUUUGGUCGAUUUGGUUUUCAUCACUUUCAAUUUAAGCACCUUUCAUUGUCAUUAAACUUUGCUUUGGAAGAUUAUCAUGCAGUACACCACCAGAUUUGGGUAAUUUGGAGCCAUGCUGUACAGUCCAAGCUUGACAGCUCUGGUUUUUGACCAAAUGAGUUUGAGUAAUUGAAAACCUAAGGUCAAGAGAGAGCAGCAGCUGGAUGUUUAAAGUAGUUUUGAACUUUUAAAAAGUUUAAAGGAAAUUAUUUUGGUUGGGGGUAUUUUUGCCAAAGCCUUGUCUC